GUGCGCACCUUGUUGUUUUGGUCAGUUUCGUGAUUUUGCCGGCAAGCGGUUGUUUACGUUUGCCCCAAUUACCAGUAAGUGCAUGCAAACAUGGACAAAAUGCAGCAAAAUGGCACAGAAAGUGAAGCGAUCACGGAAUACUACGAUCCGGUAGCGAUUUUGCUGAGCAGCGUCAAUUACGAUACGGAAAAUCUUACCGACGUGCUACGACAAUGUGGCGUCAAGUACAACCAGCUCAGUGGUUUGGUGGAGGAAGAUUUGCGCCUCAUGGGCAUGAGCAACAGCAAGGCGAUUGAGGAAAUAUUAUCGGAGCUAUCAACGCUAUCGAAUCAAACGAGACUGUACGACAGCGUACUGCGGAACGAAUUCAACCCCAACGAAUACGCACAGACAGUGUUUAAGAACAGCUCGGAGCACGUGGAAGCGAUACGAUGCAUGAUUGAGCUGGUAAAGCUGAAAACGCAAACGAAUUUCCCGCAAAACGUGCUGCUGGAUGAUCGCUUUUACGCGUCGGAGUUUUCCUUGCAGGCGGUCGAUAAGAUUGCCGCGAAGCUGACCGAUAUACAGUCGGUGCUGAACGAGAAAGCCGAGUGUGAUAAUGCACCCUCUCAAUUAAGCGCAAGGAAAUUAGGACUUACAAUACUACUAGUCUCGGGUGCCGUACUGUUAGCGGUCCUGUACCGUAAAGCUAGAGCAUUACUUUAGAAGAAAUUUAUCAGGUAAGCUUUCCGCGAUGUUAUGUUGAACUCAAAGUGAACGCCAAGCGUUUUGUACAAAAGUGAAAUGUGAAAUUAUUGAUCAAUAUUGAUCGGAAUGAAUUUUUAUUAAACCUUACUGCAUCUUUAUUAU